AUGAAUGCCACCCAUCCUAUUGAAUGGCUGUUUACCACUCUUCAGUUUGCAAAAUCUCCAACAUCACCUGACCAAGAAAAACCACAUUUUCUGACGCUGAUAACGGACCAUUUUCAGGCGGAUGGGUCUCAUAUUGUCCUCCAUCUGGCCAAAUAUAUUCUUUCCUCCACUCUCAAGAAGCUAUUGAUUAUCAAGGGAAAGCUUUCUCCUGUAGAAAAGUCGACCAUAGUUUCCUUCUUAACGCAACAUGAAAAAAGGGUUCUCAUUUUUGACGAAGAAAAUGUUGACGAAGGUCCUAUUGGGAUCGAUGAAUAUGUCAUCAUUGCAUUGUAUGUAGACCAUCUAUCGGAAAUGAUCAGAAAGUCUCGCUGCGAUACCUUUCUACUGCCAUUUCCGCAGCCUGUUUUGGAGGAAAAUUUCUUGCGUAAAUGGGCAAUGUAUCAUUCGGCUAUUCAUGUAAAUAUUGCACCUCUCCCUUCUGGCUAUUCUUCCUCAGCCGAUGGAAAAAUAUCCGUUUCUGCUGGUCUUUUUUGUGACGCUUCUGGCUUCUCAUUAACCGAUGUCUCUUUAAAAAAUAGCCUCCCUUUUUCUUUACAAUAUAAAAUUUCGCAAUCAGGCGAUGACAUUCAAGUUUGGCACCACAAAUAG